AUGGUCUUCUCUCCCCGAAACUUCACCGUUCUCCUACAAUCGCUCAGCUUGACUCCGAGAGCCUUGCACCCUUUAGCAGCAGAAGAUCGCUCCUGUGGGGUAGAAUGCGACGCCAUAUACCCGCUGCCUUGGACGAAUCUCGGAGUCGCUCCGGACCAUGACUGCUCAGUUCAACCCUACGACCCUGGUGACGUCUCCGUUCAAAACUUUCCACUCUUCGAUGCGGCGAAAGCCAAUGUGUACCGCUACCGGCAGCAGCAGGCCGUCAACCUAGGAUCUUGGUUCGUCCACGAGAACUGGAUGGUGCCCUCUCUCUUUACCUGUGCUGCUGGAUCUAUGCUCUCGGAAAUCGAUAUCGCCUCUGGCUGGGGAUCUACCGAGUCUGCUCGCGCGCUGCUGGAACGCCACUGGGACUCGUUCAUCACCCCCGUCGACUUCCACUACCUCUCCAGCAUCGGCAUCAAUACUGUGCGGCUCCCUAUUGGUUACUGGAACCUUGGACCUGACUUCUGCGUCGGCACCCCUUUCGAGCCGGUCAAAGACGUCUACAGGAACGCCUGGAGUCGUGUCGUACGAGCUGUCAACAUGGCCUCGGACGUCGGCAUCGGCGUUCUCGUCGAUCUUCACGGUGCUCCAGGCAGCCAGAACGGUCAGCCGCACUCCGGAAUCUCUGAUGGGAAGACGGAACUUUUCGGCAACGACUGGUUCACCAACAAGACGCUGGACGUUCUUACCUUCUUGGUGGAAGAGCUUGUGAACGUCACGAACGUCGUUGGGAUCCAGAUCCUAAACGAGCCCACGAACGACCCACUGCUCCCCGAUUUUUACUCCACUGCCAUCUCCACCAUGCGAGCAGUGAGCCCUGCCGCAGAGUGCCUCCCACUCUACAUCCACGACGGGUUCGACCGCGACAAGUUCAGCGAAUUCGUAGCGAACAGACCCGACUUCGUCGUCGAGGACACCCAUUCCUACUUCGUCUUCACCCCGCAAGACGAGGCCGAGCCGGCGUCGCAGCACACCAACGACGUCCAUACAUCUGUCGCCGACUCUCUCGCCGCGGCCUCCCAACGGGCGCGGCGGAACCUCAUCGUCGGCGAGUUCUCCUGCGCUCUCACAGAUGACAGCCUCAAGAACGAGCCCGACAAGGACGCGGCCCGUAGAGACUUCUGCACCACCCAAAUGGAGAUAUAUCAGAACGAGACCGCAGGUUGGGCCUUCUGGGCAUACACGAAGGAGCAAUGCAUGGAUGACCCCGGAUGGUGCUUCCGCGCCGCAGCUGGGUCGAGUCUUCCGGCUAGCUUCUUUUCUUACGGCGAAGCAUCCAUGAACCACCGGACGGAUUUCUCUGCCAUACGAGUAUGGGACGACUACGGCGCGUCUCCCGAGCCUGUCAUGGUGGCCGUGUCCGGAGAUGGGUCCAGCUACUCCCGUUCCCGGCCCUUCCGACCCAAUCUUCGCAGGCGUGGGGACCCUCAUGGCCUGGAUCAAACGGAGCUCGCUGUUGCCAGAGGAUACUCUGACGGCCUCGCCACCGCCAACCUCUUUGCGGAGCAUGGGAUGUCGAAGCUGGGCUUCACGGGACAGUACAUGAACGACAGUAUUGCAAGGCUGGGCGCACACAUCAUUGCACCGGGUGCAGAGGACCACUACAGACGCUGGUUCUUGGAAGGGUUGGCAGAGGGUGAAGUUCUGGUAGCUGCACACCUGGCGCAAUAG